CACUGUCACUAGGAACCGGGAGCAGGAGAGCGGCUGUCUCGUCUCUUGUCUUUGAGAAUAUCACAGGAGACAUCGGCACAACUCACCCUGUCGCAUCUCAAGCGAACCCUUAGCAGAUCGCGCUGGUCGGAUGAAUCGGGACUAGCGAUAUUUCUUCCGGAUCGACCCGUGCCGCCUCCUGCAGACACAAUGGCGGACACCGAGAGCAGAACAAAGCGGAGCAGGCAAGCCGCGUCUGUCCUUCUGCUCCUGUGCGUGGGGGCGAUCGGCUCGGAGACGGUGCGGUACUCGGUGCCGGAGGAAAUGGAGAGCGGGUCCUUCGUGGCUAAUGUGGCAAAGGAUGUGGGGCUGGAGCCCAGGAGCCUGUCUGCUCGCAGGGCCCGCCUGGUGUCGGACGCCGCGAGCCGGCAUUUCCAGCUGAAUGGCAAGACUGGGGACUUGCUUAUCAAAGAGAAACUGGACCGCGAGGAGCUGUGCGGGCAGACGGAGCCCUGCCUUGUUCGCUUUGAGCUAGUCCUGGAGAAUCCCUUGCAGUCGUACCGGGCCGAGGUGCGGGUUACUGACAUAAACGAUCACUUUCCGUUUUUUUCCAGAGCAGAAUUCGUCUUUAAAAUGCUCGAAACGACCCCUGCUGGGUCACGGUUUCCCCUGGAGAGCGCUCAGGAUUUGGAUGUGGGAAACAACACCCUUCAAAGCUACAGCCUUAACUCCAAUGGGCAUUUCCAUGUGCAUAUGGAGGAACAGAGCGACGGCACGAGACAUGCGGAGCUAGUGCUGGACCAAGCCCUGGACCGAGAGCAACAGCCAGAGCUUAGUUUGCUACUCACUGCCCUGGACGGCGGCUCCCCGCCGAGGUCCGGCACUGCGCAAAUCCGCGUCAUCGUCCUCGAUGCCAACGACAACCCUCCCGUUUUCUCCCGGGCCACUUACAAAGCCCAGGUUCUGGAAAACAGCCCCAGAGAUUACCUGGUUGUCACUGUUUCUGCCACCGACUUGGACGAGGGAACGAACGGGGAGAUCUCCUACUCCUUCAGCCAGAAAUCCAGGGAAAGUAGCAAAGAAUUCCGUAUGACCGCAGUCUCAGGGGAAAUUCGGCUGUCAGGGGAACUGGAUUUCGAAAUGAGGGAGACCUAUGAGCUCUACAUUGAGGCAGCAGACGGCGGGGGCCUGUCGGCGCACUGCAAAGUCCUGGUGGAGGUGGUGGAUGUGAACGACAACGCGCCAGAGGUGACCCUGACAUCGCUCAUCAGCCCCAUCCCCGAGGACGCGCCCCCCGAGACGGUGGUGGCCCUGCUCAGCGUCAGGGACCGCGACUCCGGGGACAACGGGAGGGCAGCCUGCUCCAUAGAGGACGCGCUGCCCUUCUCCCUGAAGGCGACGUUCCGGGACUCGUACGCGCUGGUCACGGAGCGGGCGCUGGACCGCGAGAGCGUGUCGGAGUACAACAUCACGAUCGUGGCGCGGGACCAGGGCGCCCCCAGCCUGUCCGCCGAGCAGAGGAUCAGGGUGAGAGUGUCCGACAUCAACGACAACGCGCCCGUGUUCAGCCAGGCGGCCUACACCAUGCACGUGCGGGAGAACACGGCGCCCGGCACGGCGAUCGGCACAGUGCGCGCCGCCGACGCGGACGCGGAGCACAACGCCCGAGUGACCUACUCGCUCGUGCCCGCCGGCGCCGGCGCCGGGGCCCUGCCCGUGCUCGCCUACGUGGCGGUGAACUCGGCGGACGGCAGCGUGUACGCGCUGCGCUCCCUGGACUACGAGCAGACGAGGCAGCUGGAGGUGGGCGUGAGAGCGACGGACGCCGGGUCCCCGGCGCUCAGCUCCGAGGCCGUGCUGCGCGUCGUGGUGCUGGACGAGAACGACAACGCGCCCUUCGUGCUGCACCCGCUGCAGAACAGCACGGCGGCGUGGAGCGAGCUGGUGCCGCGCUCGGCCGAGCCGGGCUACCUGGUGACCAAGGUGGUGGCGGUGGACGCGGACGCGGGGCAGAACGCCUGGCUGUCCUACCAGCUGCUCCGCGCCACGGAGCCGGGGCUCUUCGCCGUGGCGCUGCACAGCGGCGAAGUGAGGACGAGCCGGCCGCUGACGGAGCGCGACACGGUGAAGCACAGGCUUAUUGUGCUCGUCAGGGACAGCGGGGAGUCGCCCCUGUCCUCCUCCGCCACCCUCAACAUCCUGCUCGUGGACGGCUUUUCCGACGCCUACCUGCAGUCCGCUGAUGCCGCCGCCGCCGCCGCCGCCGAAGGGGCCGACACAGGCGCUUUAACCAUGUACCUAACCGUCUCCCUGUGCCUCGUGUCCUUCCUCUUCCUGCUGUCCGUCGUGACAUUUGUCCUGCUCAAGGUGUGCCGGAGGAGAGGGGGCGGGGAGCAGUACACCAGUGCUCCCGGCACGUUGUAUGGCGACGGCAACUUGCCGAGAGACUGGGUGGAUGUGUCGGGGACCGGCACCCUGUCCAGGAGUUACCGAUACGAAGUGUGCUUGAGCACGGGGUCGGGGAGCAGCGAAUUCCGGUUCCUGAGGCCCCUCGUGCCCGCCCCGCCGCAGCAGGGGGGCUGCGUCGUGACGGGCUCCGGGAAGGAACGGGAUCUUCUCACCGACUCUCAUGCGCCCACCGACUUGGAAGGCGCCGACCAGAACAGUACAUCAGUCUUCAGCCACCAAGUGUCCUGCCUGGCCAAGCAGGGUGACUUGAUGUCCAAGGUAGUAGUGAUGGAUGCGGACAUGAAGCAGAAUGCCUCGCUCUCCUACCAUCUACUCAAGACAACAGUUGCAGGUCUCUCACCAUGA